UAAAAAAUGUAGCCCAACUACUUGGGAAGGAGGACUCCAUAACACAAGACAUGUCUCUCUAAAGGAGAACAAACACCAUCAACUUUUACAAAGAAGAAGAAGAUUGAUGGAAGAUUCAUCAUUUCAUCACACCUGAUCAUUUUGUUUCUUCUUAAUUUCUCAGGUAACAGGAACACGAGGAGGAAGUGUUUAUUAGAAAUAUAUAUAAUUUUUUUUUUUACAUAAGAACACUAAUUUUCCUCAUGCCACGUGAAGACUCUGACAUGACAGCAUUCGGUUAAUAUAUUUUCUGUAAAGUGAAAUAUAUUACAUCACUUUUAUUGAAUUUAAUGAGGAUUUCUUUUUUAUUUAAAAAAUGACUACACUGGAGAGUAAAUGGUUAUUUUGUGCGCUCGCGCUGCUGGCGUUAUCGUGCGCCCAAGCCAAGGACCCGGCGGGAAAGGCUAAUGGUGUGCGCGCGCUGAACGUCACGGCCGCCCGACACUCGCGCGCGCCGCCGCCCAUGUGCACGGGACCCACGGAAAUUCGGGACGUCUUCAAGUACAUAAACGCAGCCGUGUCGUGUCUCGUGUUCGUAGCGGGGAUCGUGGGCAACUCGGCGCUACUGCGUAUCAUCUACGCGAAUGAGCGCAUGCGCAACGGGCCCAACCUGCUCAUCGCAAGCCUGGCGCUCGGUGACCUCGUGCACAUCGUAAUCGGCAUCCCAGUUAACGUGUACAAGCUUCUGGCUGAAGACUGGCCUUUCGGUGUUGGGGUCUGCAAACUGGUUCCUUUUGUGCAGAAGGCAUCUGUUGGCAUCACAGUCUUGAGUUUGUGUGCAUUAAGCAUAGACAGAUACCGUGCGGUAGCGUCGUGGAGCCGCAUCAAAGGAAUCGGAGUGCCCAAGUGCACGACCAUUGAGAUCAUACUGAUAUGGUUGCUCUCCAUCAUUCUGGCAGUGCCUGAGAUCAUUGCCUUUGACAUGAUCACUAUGGAUUACAAAGGAGAUCACCUGAGGAUCUGCCUACUUCAUCCCAUGCAAAAGAACCCAUUCAUGAAGUUUUAUAAAUCAGCAAAAGACUGGUGGCUCUUCAGCUUUUACUUCUGCAUGCCACUGGCCUGCACUGCCAUCUUCUACUCCCUCAUGACCUGUGAAAUGCUGCGAAGGAGGGACAGCGUGCAGAUUGCUCUGAACGACCACUUGAAACACAGACGUGAGGUGGCCAAGACCGUGUUCUGCUUGGUGUUGGUCUUUGCUCUGUGCUGGUUGCCUCUGCACCUGAGCCGUAUUCUCAAGCUCACCCUUUACAACGAGGAUGAUCCAAACCGCUGUGAGCUUCUGAGCUUCUUCCUGGUCCUUGAUUACAUUGGGAUCAACAUGGCCUCGGUGAACUCAUGCAUCAACCCUAUAGCUUUAUAUAUGGUCAGCAAACGGUUUAAGAGUUGCUUCAGGUCUUGCCUGUGUUGUUGGUGUCUGCCUCCUGAUGUGUUAGCAGUGGAUGAACAGCAGUCCUGCAUGAAGCUGAAAUCGGCAGAGCGUGGCACAGAACAGAGCAACAGCCGAGCCACAAACAAGUACACUUCGGUUUAAGUGCUGACCUGAGGGCAAUUCUGUAUAUAGAAAGAAUAUUAUUCGUAAUUCACACUCGCUGACUUUCAAUCACUGCUCAGAACUGGACUUCGUGGGAUGAUUUCAUCUUGUCUCAAGGUCAGAGCACAAAGUACAUAGUUAUAUUGCCUGGGUAACUAGGAAACCAUUCUCAGUUCUAUUCACAUAUAUACAUGACAUAAUAAAAUACUUAUUGAGCAAUGGAGCAAAUCAAAUGAAACAAACCAUGUUGUUACAAUCACCAUGAUGCUGACUUGCUCUCUUGAACCCUUCUCUAUGACCUUCUCUCAUAUUUAUCUCUCAUAUUUUUCUCAAUUUUUAAUAAGGUAAAAAAUUCUGCAACCUCAAAUCUCUCUGUCGUGAAGUCUUUACAGCUUUACUGUUUCUGACUGUUAUACAGCGCAGACACUGGAAACUCCUUCCGAAAAGAUCUUCUCAUGAAAAAAUAGUGUUGGGUGUCCAUUAUACUCCCUGUGUAAGCAUAUUAAUAUAGUCCUAGUGUCAGAGCUGCUGUUCUACAAAAUGGUCCUUUUAUAUUUUUAUAAUUAUAAAUAUAGA